AUUGUCUUCCUCUCUCCAUCACACAAAAACAACAAUAAAACAAAAGUAACGCCCGUUUCCUAGCUUUUUCCUUUAUUAUUAUCUCCUUGUAACAUUCACUUGUUCAAUUGGUACACAUAAUGCACGGCAAGCUUGCAUCCACCGCCCUUCUGGGCUUUUCUGCCAUCGCGGCCGCCGCUCCUUGGGGUAACUCCUGGUCCACCACAGUUUCCAGCUCGUACAGCACUGCAUCAGUCGCUAGCAGCACCCACAGCAGCGUUUCGGCCAGUGGCACUGCAAUUCCGCCGAUCAAUGACCUGGACAACAUCAGCGCCGCUGACCUUGCCGCGAUCGAGCAGGUCGCUGGAGGCACUCUCUCCAAUGCCACUGGUGGCGCUAAGCCUUCCGGUAAUUCCAUCACCUCAGUGGCCUUCGUCGCCUUCAACGAGCUGUUCGAAGUCGCCUUCUUCACUGAGCUCGUCUACAACAUCACCAACAACGUCCACGGUUUCGACCACAUCCCCAACCGCGACAGCGUCCUCAACAUCCUCAAGGUCCACCUCGCUGACGAAGAACUCCACGCCAUCAACGCCAUCAAGGCCGUCCAAGGCGUUGCCAACACCACCAUCGCCCCUUGCCAGUACACCUUCCCGGUAACCACCUUCAACGACUCCAUCGCCCUCGCCUCGAAGUUCACCGACGUUGUCCUCUCCACCCUGCCGGACAUUCAGACCAUCUUCGCUCAGAACAACGACGCCGGCCUCAUCCGUGGUGUCGGUAGCGUCAUCGGCCAAGAAGGCGAGCAAGAUGGCUUCUACCGCGAGCUCCUCGGCAAGGUUCCGGCUCAGCUGCCCUUCCUGACCGCCGGCGCGCGCAACUUCGCCUUCAACGCCAUCAACCAGAACUUCAUCGUCCCCGGCUCUUCCUGCCCCGCCCGCGAUACCCUUCUUGCGGGUCUCAACGGCGGCGAAGGCCUCAAGCUCUUCGACGUCCUUAACAUCGAGACCUCCGCCUCCGAGUUCACCGACGAGACCGACAUCGAGGCCACCUUCUCGGUCCUAACCUCCACUCAGCAGCCAGCAGCACAGAGCUUCGCCGUGCAAUCCACGCCCUCGAACUGCCUGACCUACAUCAACCAGCAGAACGUCCCGCUGCAGUUCCCCGUCACGCUUGAGCUCAGCGGCAAGAACGACGGUAAGAUCGAGUUCACCGCGCCGUUCCCGGGCAAGACGCACUUCCUCAACGGCUUGACCAUCGCUGUUGUUACGGAUAGCUGCAACUUGACGGAUGUGGAUCAGAUCUCGGAGCACACUGUUUUCGGCCCGGCGUUGAUUGAGGUCAACUAAGCGGCUGCGGGGGAAGGCUACGGGAGUGAUGGUUGUUCACGAGUGCUCGCACGAUGAGCGGGCGGCUGGGACCUUACGGUUGUUAGAAUGGUAUUCGGGAUGAGGAGACGCAUAGCAUGAUCUGUGCUGUACAUUCUGCGCUGCGUAUUGGUGUUUGCUUACUUGCUUCCUGUACGCUCAUUCAGCCCGUAAUAUACUUGCUUCUUGCAAGGUCUCCAUAUGACUAUCCCUACGCGCUGUGCAUCUUUCAGGAACAACGACGUUAUGCAGGCUUCUAUGAUUGAAUAUGGAGCGUGCCUCUCAAAGAACUUCAACAUGAUCUGUUGAGCUUGGCUUCAUAGGCGUGGACUUUGCCAAUAUUUAUCAAUCACUCUGCCGCCAGUCCCCCAGACAAUCUAGGACAUCGUC